AUGUAUGAUCUGUUUAUAGUUGUCAUAUUAUUAACAGCAAUUUCGCAUUCUUUGGCUUCAGGACGUUUUGAAAACGAUACCCCUCUAAUAAUAAGUGCUUCUAUUAAACCAAUAAGAUAUCUUGAUUCAUUAACUAUUAAUAAAAUGGAUGAUUCAUUUUUAGCACCACAUAUUGGAUGUGAACUUAAAAUUAGAGAACAAUUAGAUAAUAGUUCUGUUCCUUUAUAUGCUAUUUCAUAUCAAAAAAAUGAAACUUCCAUAAAAUAUAAUCGAAAUGGAAGAAGCAAUAGUGUAUCAUUUUUUGUUUUAUAUGAUAUCUAUUUUGGCUCAAGUGGGUGCCUGUCAUUAGAAAAUUGGACAUAUCAGGAUUUAAACGAUUAUAAUUCAUGGGUUUAUAUAGGGAGAAACGAAUUAAUGCAGGGAAAUGUAAGUGCACAUUAUCAAGAUCUAAUCUGUUUAGGCUGGAGACACAGUAGAGAAAAUUUCGGUCAUACAUUUUUUGAUUUUUUAGAUCCGUUGAUGCUAAUUCCAGAAGAAAUAAGAAUGACAACACCAAUUGUAAUGAACGGUUUGCCUAAUGUCGUUGCAACAGUUUUUAAUUUAAUGGAAAUUCCUAUGAAUAAUAGAGUUUUAAUAAAAGAGCAUACAUGGGUUCACGUUGAUAGAUGCUACACGUUUUUGAGACCAGUUGUUGGUUUGUCAGUUGCAGGGAGAACUACAGUUGAAUUAAGAAAUUUAUUUUUUAAAAAAUAUAAAUUGGAUGAAAUAGAACCAACUCAAUACUAUUAUUCGAAUAGACCAACAGAGAGACCUCGAUAUAUUUCAAAUAUGGACGAAUUAUUAAAAAGUAUAAAAAUUCACUUUCCAAACAUAACAUUCAAACAUCUCCAUGAUUCUUACCCGAGUCUACGUAAGGCAGCAACUCAUUGGGCUAAAGCAAAAUUCAUAUUCACGCCAGUUGGAUCAAAUUGUCAUAACUCGAUAUUCAUGCAUAAAGAAACGGUAAUGGUAGUUGCCCAAACAUAUGAACAUGAAGAAGAGUUCAUACCUGUUUUUGUUUCUUCUCUUAGCAUUUUCUAUUUACAGUUUCCAGCUCUAAAUUGCACCCAUUUUUAUAAUUUCGGAGGUCCAAUCAAUGUGUCUUUAGCAAUCAAGAUGAUAGAAAUUGGAUUGCGAUGCGUAGAAGAUAAAAAAUGGCCUUCUCAUUUAAUUUAG